AUGAGAAAAGUUUCACAAUGUUUCGUAUUCCGACGAAAAAUCAAACACAUUCGAUUGAAAACUCUCAUUAUUCUACUCAUCUUUUGGAUUUUUGUUAUUUAUGAAAUAUUAAUCUAUUUUCCAUCAUUAUCAAUCUUUUCAACAAAAUCUUUUGUUCCGAUAAUCUUUCGAAAACAAAUUCAAAACAUAACAAAUGUGAUGAAAAACGAUAUUUAUGAUCAAUGUAACUCAGUUCUACGAAGAAGUGUUUCAUUAGGAUCAUUAGAAUUCAACAGUACUAUUGGUGAAUAUUAUUUCACAAAUUAUACGAUUACUCUUCUAUCAGAUGUUUAUCUCAUAUUACAAUUCUCAUCGAAACUAGAAAAUAAUCACGAAUUCUAUAGAAAACUCGUUUCUUCUUAUUUACUUUCAAAAAAUCUAGAAAAAUUACCCUUUAAACAACAACUACGAACGAAUAUUUUGAUUUUUCUUAGUGAACAUUUCAGUAAUAUGAUGUACGAACGUUUAACAAUGUGGUUUAAAAGUAUUUAUGAACCGUAUACAAGAAGAAUGCAUAUCAUUCCCACAAAUGAUCAUAGAGAAGACAUGACUCUAAAAUUCAUAUUAAAUCAUACGAAAUAUAAUUCCGAUAUUCAUUUAGAUACGAUUCUAUUUUUUAUCGAAGAUAAUUUAAUUUUACAAUCGGAAAUGCUCGUUGAUACAAUCGAAUUCUUUGUCACACAUGAACCUUGUUUUGUUUAUCAUCCCAAUUAUUUUCAUGGUUGUCAAUUCGAAGGAAUACUUGAUACAAACAAAUACACUACGAUUGUCUUUGGAAAAACUCGUUUAUGGCGUUCAAUUUCACCUAAAACUUUCACUUAUACUGGUCGAUUAAGAACAUUCCUGGCGUUUGAAGAUCUUUUCAUACAUUCCAACGAUAAGAAUCGAAGUAUUAAUGAACUGAUACAAACAUAUGCCGAAAAGACAACAUUUUUCUGUGCUGUUCCUUCUUAUAGUACUCAAUUCGAAAGACUUUUAUUCCCUGAUGGUAUUCGAAUAACAGCUGAUGAUGACAUGUCAAUAUAUUUUCAUGAUUGGUCGUCUCUUGCACGUCAAGCACUUACUGAAGCUCAAACAAAAGAUGCUUUUCCAAUUGAGAAAAUUGACGAAGGAACUUUAUUUUCAUAA